AGAGAGCGAUGGAUGGAGAUCUGCCCACAUGUUCCGGUACUUUUAAACAAAAGGUUUAUAGGCUUCAACUAUACAUGAGGUGUGAUAAAUGAGAGAGGUGAUACUUUCAGCUGCUAAUCUGAGCUCUGCGCCUUUAAAAACAGUCUGUUCCCUGUUUUCAGUCCCAACUGUCGACCGGUGGCCACGUAUGGCUCCGCGCCCCGACGUUUCUCCCACGGUUUGUUCAACAGCUGCUGAACUUCUGUCGGUCAACGGUCGCCACAUUAACGGCGUGUUAUUUGUAAUUCUAUGAAGAACUUUAAAAAAAAAAAGUCUCGUUAGAGUUGUUUCGGACAAAGUUUUGGAUGAAGGUUUCCCGCUGGGACAGUCAAGCAGCAGCAGGAGCAAGAGGAGGAGGAGGAGGCAGGUUGUGGUGGGAUCGUCCAGGGUAUCUGAUCUGAGAUCGGCUCACAUUUAUAAUCAGACAGACGGCGGCUUCUUUGGGCUGAACUGAGCUGAGCUGAGUUGGACGAACGGACAGUUUCACCGGGAAAGUUUUUUCUUCUUCUUCUUCACCGAGGAGGAUUAAGGGGACGGAAAGGUUGGAAAUAAUAGAAAAGUUUAAGCUGUAUGUGGACCUUUGUCCUCUGAAGAGUUCGAACUGCUUCUUCACUCUGGAAGAGUUACUCUUUUACAGGCAUUUGUGAUUAAGCUAAGCUUUAGCGUCUACAUAUAACUAUAUAUAUUUUUAACUUUGCUUAAUCUAAGCAUAAGUAAGUCAUCUUUUCAAAAUGGAUAAAUACGAGGAUCUUGGACUAGAAGCGAGUAAGUUUAUCGAGGACUUAAAUAUGUAUGAAGCAUCCAGAGAUGGCUUAUUUCGAAUGAGGAGGGAUGCAGGAAAUAAUCCUGAUUUUGAAGAGACUAGAAGAGUUUUUGCCUCUAAAAUGACAAAAAUACAUAUGCAGAAACAACAAGAAGAGAUGGCAAAAAACAGCCAGGCUGUUAAAAUGAAUGGGGGUCAUAACAGCACUCAUUACACCAAAGACAGACCGCCCAUUAACAGCUACAGACAGCCGGGUGAGGCGUCAGCGAAGCCCCCGAUGCUGUCUGGCCCUGUGCCGAGCACCGCGCCUGGGAAUCAGUACGCUGAGUUUGAUGGCCCGAAACACCACGCGGGUAUCCAGUCUGAACUCCCAGCGAGCAGGGCAUUUGGCUACGGAAGUAAUUACGAUAAUAAGGAACGCUUAGAGCCACGUUCAUACCAACACAGCAGCCCUUCUCCUCCUAGUCCUGGAAACUCUGCUCCAAAUGCAUCUUCACAUGCUCGGCACCCAGUCAGCCCGCCAGCAGCUUGGGCCCCAUCCAGAGAAAACCAGCUUUCCCCAUCUUUGUCAGAGUCAGGGAACAGUGCAUCUCAGCAACAACCACAGAGCCUGCAAGCAGCUUCCAUCUUCAACAGUCUUCCAUCACAACAGAAUCAAGCUUUCAAUCUAAGCACAUCCAACUCCUCCGGGACAGCCAGAGGUAGAACAGGAGAGCCCUCUGGCUUAGGAAAACCAGACUUGAUCCCUGCCUUACCCUUGAGUGCUUUCACAGGAGGAGCUGACUUCCAUGUGCAACAGCCCUCCACCCAGCCUGCAGCCCAAUAUGUGCCACCUUCAGCUUCAAAUCCCUCUGUCAGCCAUAAUGGCGCUGUGGCAGCUUCUUCUGUCCUACCUACAUCAUCUGAAACACCUCAACCCAAAGCCAAGGAGACAUCUGUUGCCCUGAACCCUGUUAGUGCCUCCAAAAGCACCAGCCAGAUUCCAGGUCGGAGCCAAAUACUUCCAAGUGGACAGGUCACGAGUGCUGAAGCUGAAGGCCCAUGCUCCGCCAGGCCUGUCCACUUACCCUCUCAGUCUCUGCUCAUGCAGCCCUCUGAAUUGGCACCUUCAACAGCUGAAAUAAAGUUAGAGGCCCUCACUAAGCGACUGGAAAAAGAGAUGGAUGCUCACCCAAAUGCUGACUACUUUGGAGCCUGUGUGAAGUGCAAUAAAGCUGUUUAUGGAGCCAACCAGGCUUGCCAGGCUAUGGGGAGCCUGUACCAUGACACCUGCUUCACCUGUAGUGCCUGCAGUCGAAGGCUAAGAGGGAAGGCUUUCUACUAUGUUGGAGGGAAGGUUUUCUGUGAGGAGGACUUCCUGUACUCUGGUUUCCAGCAGUCUGCUGACAAGUGCAAUGCAUGUGGACAUCUGAUCAUGGACAUGAUUUUACAAGCUCUCGGGAAGUCUUAUCACCCUGGCUGCUUCCGCUGUGUGAUCUGUAAUGAGAGCCUUGAUGGAGUACCCUUCACUGUAGACACUGAAAAUAAGAUCUACUGUGUCAAAGACUAUCACCGGGUCCUGGCCCCUAAAUGUGCAGCCUGUAAUCAGCCCAUCCUGCCCUCAGAGGGGUCUGAUGAAACCAUUCGGGUUGUAUCCAUGGAGAAAGACUAUCAUGUGGAAUGUUAUCACUGUGAGGACUGUAAGAUGGAGCUGAAUGAUGAGGAGGGUCACCGCUGCUACCCUCUGAAUGGCCAUCUUCUCUGCCACUCCUGUCACUUGAAGCACAUCCAGCCCGGCUGCCCCCCUUCACUCCCUGCCUCCUCUUUCUAAUGGUCAAAUGGAUGGAGGGAGACACCUGCUGGAUCUGAGGAGAAACUACCAAACUUGGGCAGCAGGAAUGGAUGUGUUCAAUUCUUGUUGUAGAGGAUUGAUUGAUUUAAUGCAUCACAUUCUACUAUAGUUUGAUGUGUUCUAAAAAGAAUGUUAAUGAAGUCUCACUUAGGCAGAAUGUACCAUGGGUUUGACCCAAUAAUGAAGUAUUGUGAUACACCAAAGCCCUGUUUUGAAUACACUGACAUCUUGCAAACUUUGCAGAAGUGAUGCCAUGUGUUUUUUUCUUCAUUUAAAUAUCAGUUAAAUUUGACUUUGUGAAUAAUUUUCUACUCAUUUAACAUUCUCUGUGCCUUUAACUUCAGAUUUGCACUUAAAAAGCUCAUUUCAAGUUUAAAGUUGAUUCAUGAAUCAUCCUUUCUAAGGUUCUUAUGAGUAAAUUGUGUGAAGUGAACUCUGGACUGUGACACAAAUCACUGGUACCUAAAGUUUCAGUCAGAGAAGGAAUAAUCUGCUGGUUCGUUAAGCUGUUAGAAAAUAACAUUUCAGUCUUUUUUUGUCACAUAUUCAAUCUUAAGUGCAGAAAUGUGUUCAUUUGAAUCUGACUACUCAUGGCUGUGUUGCUGAAUGUAAAAGAAAAUUUGAAAGAUCUGCAUUCAGUCGGCACGACAAGUUUCAGUGUGGAAACAUUACACAAUAAAUUAGACCAAAUAAUCCUUGAACUCCACCACCUCAAAAGUGCUCAUAGUUUCCUAUUUUUUUUCUCUUUAAAAGCCUAAUUAAAUGUAAGUAAGGAAGCUUUGGUUGGUCUUUUUGUGGUGAUAUAAAGUCUUUGCUUGUUACAUGCAGCCUGUUGUAAGCACUUAGAAAUAGAUCAAUUACUUUUCUAUGCAGCAAUAAUAUUAGGCCUGUAGAUCAACAGAUUUUAGUUACAUUUCCAGACAUUUUAUAUUUAAAAGGUAUGUAUUUCAAGGCCUAUAAUGUUUUUUAACCUCGAAGCAAACCAUGGACUAAUGAUAUAAAGGAAAUGUAUUUAAUACUUUAUAUUCAGGCUUAUGGUCAAAUACCGUACAAAUACUAAUUUGUUUUGCAGAGUGAACUUUUUUUUCUUUAUUUUGUUAUUCAUGUUUUGUGUUUACUAACUUAAUACUUAAGUUGCUUGUUUUAAAUCCUUUUGUCAUCAACACUUGGCUAAGAUGAAGAGCAAAAAUAUACUUUGUGAGUUUUGCUGUAAAUAAAAUAUUUAAUAAAACUCAAUGAUCCAGUU